AUGGCUUCCCAUUCACGCCAUCUCCUUCCCUUUUCACUCUUCCUCACCUCUUCAGUCUUCACUUCUUCAGUCUCACACUCUCAGUUCUUUACCUACUCUCUCAAACUCUCUCAAACUCUCACAAUCUCACACUCUAUAAAGUCUAAACCGUUUCCCCAAAUCCAAACUACUGCUUCUCCAAAUCCAAAUUCUAAAGAACAAACCCUAGCCGCCUCCAAUGCCGUUACCCAGUCCCCUCUCCGCCUCCAACGCCUAGCACCGCCGCCGCUGUCCACUCCUCUCUUCAUAGCUACCGCCGGAGUCCUCACCCCGUGUACUCUUCACGGAGUAAGUAAGUUUUAUACGGGAUUGAAAGCUGACUCCAGUCUCCAAGUAUCAGUAUCUGCUCUGAAGUUUGAAACCCAUACACCCACGGUUUUCUUCAAGGUCAUGGAAACCAACACUAAUGAACCCUCUGUCCAAACACCAGCUGCUACAGAAGAUGAUGGUGUUAUUCCCACCCAAGUCGAAGAUUCUACUGCUACCCAAGCUGAAGCAGCUGCUGCUUCUGAGUUGCCCCCAGUUCCACCAUGCCAAGUGAGUAUGACAGCUCCUGUUAGUGGUGGUUGUAGUGGUAGGAAAAAGUCUGUUGUUUGGGGUCACUUUGAAAAAGUAAAGAUAGGUGAGGGUGAUACUAGUAAAACUAAGGCUAUCUGUAAUUAUUGUCAAAAAUCUUAUAAUGCUGAUAGUAAGAGUUGUGGUACUAGUAAUUUGUUAGCUCAUGUGCCAAUAUGUCCCAAGAACCCUAAUAGAGAAGAUGUAGUUAGAGGGCAGAAAACAUUAGCUUUUGUACCCAAAAAGGAUGGAGAAGAUGGAUUCCACCUUGUGUCAACAUCCUUUUCUGUUGAGGCUGCUAGAAAGGCAUUGGCCGAAAUGGUCAUAAUUGAUGAGUUGCCUUUUAGGUAUGUCGAGGGGUAUGGGUUUAAGAAAUUUGUGAGUACCUUACAACCUAAGCUUAGAUUAAAGGAUAUCCCAUCUCGUCAAACUGUGGCUAGGGAUGUGAUUGGCAUUUAUAAUAGUGAGAGAGAGAAGCUAAGGAAAUCCUUGAAGGGUUGUAGGGUGUGUCUCACUACGGACACAUGGACUUCUAUUCAAAAUUUAAAUUAUAUGUGUCUGACUUGUCACUUUAUUGAUGAUGCUUGGAAAUUACAUAAGAGAAUUCUAAAUUUUUGUCAAGUUGAAGACCACAAGGGGGAGACAAUAGGUAGAAAAAUUGAGAUGUCGUUGCGUGAGUGGGGUAUUGAUGGGAUAUUCACCUUGACGGUGGAUAAUGCUAGUUCAAAUUUAACAACAAUUAAAUUUUUGCAAAGGGUGACUAAAGAUUGGAAUGGGGCAGUUUUAGGAAAUGAGUACAUGCACAUGAGGUGUUGUGCCCAUAUCCUAAACCUCAUUGUGGGGGAGGGUUUAAAAGAGAUAGAUGCAUCUGUUGCUAAGGUGCGUGAAGCUGUGAGGUAUGUGAAGUCCUCACCCAAUAGAAGUCAAACUUUUAGGAGUUUUAUGGAGAGGUUAGGUAUGGAGUCCAAGAGUCUUCUCAGUCUAGAUGUACCUACUAGGUGGAACUCGACCUAUAUCAUGUUAGAAACUGCUGAAAAAUUUGAGAAAGUGUUCCUCCGAAUGGAUUUUGAAGAUGAUGGUUAUUCGUCGUACUUUAGGACCAAGGAAGAUAGUGGUGGUUUGGGGUCUCCAUGUAUGACUGAUUUCCAAAAUUGUAGGGUGUUUGUGACUUUCUUAAGGCUGUUUUAUAAUGCAACAAAGAAAUUUUCUGGUUCAUUGUAUGUUACUUCAAAUGCCUUCUAUGAUGAGAUCUUUGUUAUUCAGGAGAGUAUUUCCAAUUUAGUUAAAUCCCAAAACACUCUCUUGAAAAGCACAGCCACAAACAUGCAAACUAAGUUUGAGAAGUAUUGGGGGGAAGGGGAGAAAAUUAAUCCUCUUUUGUAUGUGGCUGUGGUCUUUGAUCCACGAAAAAAAUUGAGGUUUUUGAAGUUUUCAUUUUCUGAGAUUUAUGGGAAUGCAGUUGCAGAAGUGAUGGUUGAUAAGGUGAAAGACCUUUUGUUUAAGUUGUAUAAUUUUUACACUUGUAUUCAUUCACCAAAUGUGCAAGAUCAAAGUGGGAGUGAUAGGACAGAAUUAGAAACUGAUGCUAGUGAUCCAUAUGUGAUGGUUCAUUCGCGAUAUGAACGGUUUUUGCAAGUUGAGCAAUCUGUAGAUUGUAGUAAUGAGCUUGAGAGGUAUUUGGCUGAAAACUGUGAUGGUAGAAAGGAUGAAAAUUUUGAGAUAUUGGAGUGGUGGAGGGACAAUUGUAAUAGGUACCAAGUGUUGUCUAAAGUAGUUAAGGGUGUGCUGGCUGUGCCAGUUUCCACUGUUGCAUCUGAGUCAGCAUUUAGCACUGGAGGUCGAAUUGUUGAUCCAUUUCGAAGUGCACUAUCUCCUCUCAUGGUUCAAAACCUUGUAUGUUCACAAAAUUGGCUUCAAGCCACAGUUCCAAUUUCUCAUCGCCAGUCAAGGGAUGAUGUUGAGGCAUUGGAGGAGGAGUUACUUGACUUAGGUAAUAUGCUUAAAUUCUGA